ACUAACGGUAUGUUGUGUGACCGUUCAAAAAUUGGGUAAAGGGCAUUUGAUUAUGCAGGUGAUUUAACUAAAAGAUCACGGGAUUAAUGCUUGUGCCGCGCAUUUAUGCUCAUACCGGCUUCAUUCAGCCCUGUAAAGGAGUAGCGUGCGGCGAGGACAGCAGGGUCAUUGCUGCGGCCAUGUUGCCCGUGUUGGCGGUUCACGGAGGGGCAGGUCACAUACCGAAGGAGCGGGCAGAGAUUUCGUGUGCAGGCGUGCGCGACGCGGCCAGGGCCGGCUACGCCAUCCUCAGGGCUGGGGGCAGCGCCAUGGACGCCGUCGUGGAGGCGGUGACCGUUCUGGAGAAUAACCCCGCCUACAAUGCAGGCCGCGGCUCGGUUCUGACCCGGCACGGGCACGUGGAGAUGGACGCCAUAGUGAUGGACGGCCGCACGCUGGCCAGCGGAGCGGUUUCCGCGGUGAAGGGGAUCGCUAACCCCGUGCAGCUGGCCCGCCUGGUGAUGGAGAAGACGAGUCACCUUUGCCUGACUGCUGAAGGCGCCUCUGAGUUUGCCAGGGCCAUGGGGAUUCAGGAGGUCCCCGAGGAGUCUCUCAUCACCGACUACGCCAGGAUGCGCUGGAGGAAGAACCUGCAGCCGGACGCCAACCCUGUGGAGUGCCAGAUGGGGAAGAUGGGCACCGUGGGAGCUGUUGCUGUGGACAGUGAGGGCAACAUCGCCUGUGCCACCUCUACAGGGGGCAUGCUCAACAAGAUGGAGGGCCGUGUGGGUGACACUCCGUGCAUUGGGUGUGGUGGCUAUGCAGAUAACAAGGUGGGAGCAGUGUCACCUACAGGCCACGGUGAGGCCAUCAUGAAGGUCACCCUGGCCAGACUCAUCCUGUUUUACAUGGAGCAAGGGAAGUCUGCCCAGGAGGCGGCCGACAUGGGGCUGACCUACAUGAAGGAGCGGGUGGAGGGUCUGGGCGGGGUGGUGGUGGUGGACCCGCAGGGCGUCUGGGCGGCUCGCUUCAACAGCCUACAGAUGGCCUGGGCCGCAGCGCAGAACGAUCAGCUGCACUAUGGGCUGUACGCUGGAGAGGACUUUACCCAGCCCAUCGAGCAGCCGGAGCAGAACUCCCAGGAGACGCACUGAUAACACACGCAGACAAAAAUACACACGCACGUACUCACACGCGCACACACACACA